GGAGAGCUGUGAGAGAUGGGGCUGCGCUUGGCAGCUGCUCCGAGCUUUUCUGCCAUUUGAAGCUUGUGCUGGGAGCCAGCUGUGACCAGAGGAAUAGCUCCAGCCAUCCGGGUGAUGCUACACAUAGGCUCUGCUCCUGGAGUUUGAUGAGGGCUGCACUGUCCACAUGCUUUGUUCCCAGGAGUGUAUCUAACAUUUUUCUAGGGGCUCUGUUAUUUGUGACCACAAUGAAAAGUUCAGACAAUGAUGAUGUGAUAACUGACAGACUUCCCAAGCUCAAGAGCUCAAACGAAUGGCUGGAGCCCCAGCCACUUUCCUUCAUGGAGGCAUUAGCUAAAGAAGAUAUUGAUGCAGCUAUUCAAUCAAUAUACAGAGAAAAUUAUAGAAUUAAGGAACUAGGUAAGUAUUUAAAGCAUCAUGACUUCUUAAAUGCAAGAAGAAAAGAGAUAUUAUAUAAAAGAUGGGUUGAUCAUGUGGCAGAUCCUCUCCAGAAGAAAAUUAUAGAAAAUGUUACUUCACAUAAGAAGAUUAAAAAAAGGAGACAAGAGGAAUUAGAUGGUUUUUUAAAAUACGUAAAUAAAAAGGGAAAUGCAUUUAUAGAGCAUUAUGAUCCAAAAGAAUAUGAUCCUUUUUACAUGAACAAAGAGGACCCGAAUUUUCUGAAGGUUACAAUCCCACCAUUUCGUGACCCUUUGAAAAAGGCACAAUAUGACAAAGACGAUGGAAAAAGAAUUCUUCUGCAGUGUGAGACUGGCAAAAUAUUUACAAUGAAAGAAUUUAAAGAGGUUGAGAAGGCCAAACUGCAUUCCAGAUUUCCAGGAAUUUCUAAUUCAAGGCACUUUAUGACUCCAAAUGAGUGGCUUAAACUGCCUACAAACUACAUAGAAAGUGAAUUUUGUAAAAGGAGCAGGUUAAAAGUAAAAGUGAAUUUUAACGAAAGUAGUUUUGACUUGAAACCCUCUACAAAAACUCCUCAUCUUCUGGAAUCCCAGGAAGAAGAAAAAGCAGUUGUUUACAAGUUUUAGCAAUCAAGGAGCACACACCCUGAGCCUUGACCGGUAAAAGAGGACACAAAAGAAGGCUGCUUCAAAGGAAGCCAUCUGCCAGCAGGAAUCAUUCAGGAUGAGGACCAGGAAAGGCACUCAAGAAUUGUUCUAUGUCUAAGAAGAGCAUCUGCAAUAAACUUCAUCUUUUGAGUCCAGUGUCUGUAUGAUAAUUAAGAAAUGACAGUACUGUAUAUUGACAGUUAUUGCAAAUGUAUUUCCCCCAGGAGUUAAGAAAUGUUGCCUGAAAGAUACAAUAACAAUACUAAUAGCUACUUUACUUAGCGCCCAUCUCAAUUCACUUUCUCUUUCCCUAAAUUGUCAGGCACCCUUAAAAUCCACACCCACAUAUUCUCCCCAGGUUUCUCCAACAGUCUUUAGAAAAUUUAAAAAUUCAUUUUGAUUACCCACGUGCUGAUUCUGAGUCUGCAAAGUUACAAAAAUUCAUUUUGAUUACCCCUCUGGCUCAUGUUGAGUUUGACUCCUAGUCACAGAAGACUUAGUAGGACCUGGAGCAUAGGAGGAGAGACUUUUGUUUUCCUUAGGUAAAAGGGGCACUAAAAAUCAAUCCUCGCUUCUACUUGUAGCCCUGGAUCAUACAGAUAAAUGGCAUUGGCUAGAGAAGACAUUGAUGAAGCUGUAUACGCGAUAUUAUUUAGAGAAAAUUAUGUUGCGAAGGUAAGAGUUGGCUACAGAGAGUGGAUUCCAAGUGUGUUCUAGAGAUUGGAUACGUAUUUUCAGCAUCUGGAUGUUUUUAAGGAAAGAAGAAAAGAGUUGUUACAUAAAAAAUGGACUGAAAAUGUUGCAAAGCCUCUUCAGCAGAGAAUUAUGGAAAAAGUAAUUUCAUAUAAAGGGUUGGAAAAAACAAAACGAGAAUUCUGAAUAUUUUUUAAAGCACACAAAUAAAACGGAAAUUAUAUUUGGAGACUUUUAUGAUCCUGAAG